UGAAUGCAUUUUUUCUUAUAUUCGUUCUCCAUUGCAGUUUCUUGGCCUGCCUGCAUUCCUUAGUGAGCAGCAGGUACUUAUGAGGGUAUCUUUCCUUUGCAGGUUUGAUACGUCUUUGAGCAUUUCACUUCUUGCAUGCAAUACUUGGGUUUAGGUGCAGAAAUAAAGCAUAGCUUUAGCUCUUUUAAGCACCUUGAUCAACUCCCUUGGCUAUUCCAUUCUCUGUCCUUUGACCACUGCAUGCUCAGUGAAGGCACUUAAGAUUGGCUGGAGCAUUUGCCUCACUAUUGGAUUGAUGCUGCUGGUGGUCAUUGAUACUUCUCUGGACAGCUAAAGGAUCUGGAGGAAAACUUGCACAGAGUGAUGGGGAGUGCUGGCCAAGGUGUGGCUGCUUUGCCUCAUAGUCGAGUCACCCUUCAGGAUCCUGUACUCUUUUCUGGCCUGGAGAAGCUACCUCUUGUUCAAGCUCCUGACAGCCCAAGCUGGCGGUCCCUUGACAGCCCAAGCCCCCCUGCUACACCUGAGCAAACCCUUCCCACCUACUGCCUGCAGUACUUUAAUAUGCUCUACCCAGAUGACAGCAAUUGGGUCCCAAAGAGUUUGGGUGAAACUCAACAACACAACAAUCAAGGGAGCAGGACGGAAGUGCAUAAGGAACCUGAGCAGUGUCCUAUCAUUGACAGUCAAGGAUUGAGCCUUACCUCUGAGAUGGAUUAUCAGGCCAGUCUUCACCUUGAGGAGCACUCCUUGGAACAGGUGCAGACAAUGGUGGUGGGUGAAGUGCUCAAGGACAUUGAAACAGCUUGUAAGCUGCUCAACAUUGCCGCAGACCCUGCAGACUGGAGUCCAGGAAAUGUCCAGAAGUGGAUCUUAUGGACAGAACAUCAAUACCGAUUGCCCCAGAUUGGAAAAUCAUUCCAAGACUUGUCUGGGAAGGAGCUGUGUGACAUGACUGAAGAAGGAUUCCGUCAACGUUCUCCAUCAUGUGGUGAUGUUUUACAUGCUCAUCUGGACAUUUGGAAGUCAGCUGCCUGGAUGAAAGAAAAAACUGCUCCCGGGGAGCUGCAUUACUGUGGCAAUGAAGAGAACUGGACAGACAGUGAGGUAGAUUCAUCCUGCUCAGGCCAGCCCAUUCACCUAUGGCAGUUUUUGAAAGAGCUUCUGCUGAAGCCUCAUAACUAUGGCCGCUUCAUUCGUUGGCUCAAUAAGGAAAAAGGUAUAUUUAAGAUUGAAGAUUCUGCCCAGGUGGCUCGGCUAUGGGGAAUCCGGAAGAACCGGCCUGCCAUGAACUACGACAAGCUGAGCCGCUCAAUUCGGCAGUAUUAUAAGAAAGGGAUCAUAAGGAAACCAGAUAUCUCACAAAGGCUGGUCUACCAAUUUGUACACCCUGUCUGAAAAGCAGAGCAAAGAGAACAAAUUCAGAAUAACUGACUUCUUUCUGGGAUGGAGGACUUCUGGAAACAACAUCCUUUAUCCUCUGCAAUGUUGAUGGAGCUAAAAGCAACUAUUGACGAAGACCAUUGGAUUUGGCUGGUGAACUGUAGAGAUUCCUGUGUACCCUAAUUGUGUCUGGGAAACAGGAAACAAAUAAAGGUUUACUGUUUAAGUAAAAUGGCAAAAAGGAAAUGAACUAGGCCAUUCAGAUUUCAUUCUAGGCUUUGCGGUUUUGUAGGGUUUUUUUUUCACUUGAAAAGAAAAGAAAAUAAUCUAAAUAUUUCCAGCUGCAUGGUAUGGGAAUUCAAAGAAGGUAGGAAUUUGAUGGAAAAGGAAAGAGAAUACUGAUGCUAUAGAGUCUGUUACCUCUUUUCCAUUCUAAUAAUUAUAAGACUAUUUGAGAUCAAAGGAGCAAUGUAACAUUGUGUGCAACUUUGUAAAUUAACAGUGGGCAAUUAUUGUGUAGCAAUCUUCUGACCUAGCUUAAAAUUCCUAUGCUCUCUAAUUUUCCUUUUCUUUCUGUGUAACAAGCAGAAAUCUCAACAGUCCGUUUCUCUGACAACAACAAGCUUGGGGGCUAUCCUUCCAAUGAUUUUCUAGUCUGCUUUUUUCCUCCUGUUCUUAGCACAACAACCAGGCUUUUGAUAUUUCAAGAUUGAUGUUGGAGAAAACCUAAGAAUCACGAUUUGGAAUUCAGAAUAAUGGUGUGUCAAUAGUUUAGAAUCAGGCUGGCCCAGUGUAUUGCAUUUAUGUUUGUUAGGGGAAUGCAAAAUUGUAGUUUAAUUCAAAGGAGUAGGCCAGAAAGUCUGUCCAGGUUUGAUAUUAAAGAACUUGAUUAGUUUUCCAUAUAUGCAGUGAAUGAAAGUAGUUACUGUUUCAGGUAUUGUUAACAGAAGGACAGAGUCACCCAUUCUCAGUGUGUGAACAAACCUUUCUUGAGGGGAAAGACAAUAGGACUGUGCAAAGCAGCUCCUUGCCGGAGCUCAGGCUGACCCAAAACAAGAACAAUUUGCCACCUGCCUGCCUGAGGAGGCCAACUAGCUGAGCAUCUGGGAAACACUGAAGAAAGCACACGGUCCCCCACCCCCCAAGGCUGCCUGAACACGGUCCUGGCAAUGAUACAGCUUGUUCUGGUGUAUGGACUGCACCUGGAUGCCUGUGCCAGAGUAUGAUAAUAAUCCCAAAUCAGAUAAAUUCUAUUGGAGACACUUCCUGAAAUUAUGCUGAUAGUACAGCAGAUACAUUGAGAAUUACUAAUUAUGGCCCAACCAUGUGCCUUUAUGAAAUCAGCGAAGACAAAUUUUGGCUGAUGAUCAAAAGUAAAGUCAUUGUGACUGUCAUUUUAUAUGGUAAGUCUUACAAUGCCAUUGAAAAUUAAGAGAGAAAUGUAUACAAGUAGAAGUUGUCUGGGCUACCAAAAUUAAGAGACUGGGUGCUAAAUCAUGUGAAACUGACACAAUAUUUAGAGCAGUGGUGGGUUGCUACCGGUUUGACCCGGAUUGGGCAAACCGGUAGCAGCGGCGGUGGGAGGCUCCGCCCACCUGCCUGUGCGCUUCUGCACAAGCACAGAAACGCCACGGACACGCCCAAGCACACACACACGCAUGAGUGAACCGGUAGCAAACUAAAUUGAAACCCACUACUGAUAUAGAGAUAAAGGAAUUAUGAUCAAAACUUCAAGGAAACUUCUACCUUUACUCAUAUCUGCUUUCAGAAAAAGUUGACAUACUAUUUUCUUUUUUAAAAAAUGUCACUUCACCUAAGAAUCUCAUGCUCCCAUAAUACUAGCACAUUGAUUAUGGCAUACAUAAAGUUAUUAAACAUUGAAGCUCCUUAAGACUUCAGUAUUUGACUUAAGGUAAGAUCAAUUCUCCAUGCUGAAUUUAAUUCCUGCCAACUUCAUGGACAUGUCUGUACAUUUUUAUUGGAAACAAUUUAGAAGAGAUUUGCCUUAGAUGGUGAUGACGACGACAACAACAACAAUGGAAUGGAAAAAGACAAUCUAGCUUACAGCUCCAGCGUUUCCUGGUGAUCUCUUAUGCAAGUAUUAAUCAGGUCUUACUUACUAAGUAUCUUGUAACCUUUCUUACAUUUUCAAAAUUAGCCAAUAUUGGCUAGGUGCUGCCACCAAGAGGAAUAUCCACUUCAUGCACAGCAUAUAAAAUUUUAGAUUUGUUGAGCAUGUUGUUGCAGGGUAUAAGUAUGUAGAAUGAGCAAUAUUUUUAACAUUAUUAAAUUGAAGUGAAUAUUCUUUGGAAUUAAAAUAAGUCCUUUCUUAA